UCCUGCUGGAGGUGUGUCGUUGUCAAAACAGCUGCUGGUUUCCAUGUGGUUCAUCCAAUCAGUUUCUUUCCCGGGUACUGUGUUUCCAUUGGCAACUCUGUUUACAUCUUCUUGAGCUAGCCUCUGAGGACAUGCAAGUCCUCAGGUCAAGGGAAAUGCUGUCUUUUAAGCACUCUGGUCAAGCCUUGAGGCACAAAAACCAUUCAUUCAGGCAAGAGAAUAAAGAAGAAGUUCACAAGCAGAGUAAUGAGCGAUUGGGUCUGCUCCACUCUCGUCUCCAGCAGGAGGCUGAGAAAAUUCGCCAGUGGAAGAAUUCCACAGAGCUCGACAUUCAACAGAAAAACCAUCAGCUCCAAACUGCUCAUCAACUGAUUGACAAACAGCAAAAAUCUUUGAUUGAUGUUCAGUUGAAAAAUGACUCACUGAGCUCACGGAUUGAAGAAGAAAUAGCUAAUCAGAAAGAAAUACAGAGAAAGAUUAAUUCCACUCGUGAAAUGUGUAAUGCUCUUAAAGAACACGUCUUUAAAGUUGAGCAGGCUGUGGAAUUAGGAGAGUCAGACAGACAAAAACUAAUGGAAGAGAAUGCACUAACGCAGCAACAAUAUAUGGAGCUUUUGGAGCUAUUUAAAUCAUUAGAAAAAGAGCAAUCAGAGAAGUAUGACUUGCUAACUAAAAACAUUGAAGCAAAAGAAGCUGAAAAUGAAGCAUUAUUAGUACAACUAUCAGAGCUUAAAGUCACCAGUGAGAAAGAGAUUUCAACUUUGCAGAGUGAGCUGGAGUCAUUGAGUACCAACUUGACUGAGACUAAGAAUACAGUUGUACUUCAAAGAGAGAAAAUCACUUCUUUAGAGCUGGAAAAUGAUAAACUUGAGCAAAGAGUAAAUGAUGGUGAGUCUGCACUUAAAGUCAAAGAGUGUGAGCUUAAAACCAAAGAUGAGGAACUGGAGAGCAGAAAGGUUGAGCUGAUUACUUUGACUGGUAAUAUAGAAGCACUGAAUAAUGAGAUUAGCCAGUUAAAGUUAACAUGCAGUGAAGCUCAGAAGCACAUUACUGAUCUGACCAGUACACAUCAAAAGAGAGAGAAUGAGCUGAUUGAUUGCUGUGGUGGGCUAAAGACAGAAAUAGAAAAAGAAAAACAGAAAUUAGCUGAAUUGGAAAGUCAAUUGAAGGGUACAGAAAAUGAAAAGGCAUCUCUUGAGAGACAAUGUGCUGACCUGAAUGAGAGCUUAGCUGCAACACAGACUGAGAAAGCUAAUCUUGGAAGCCAACUCUCAAGUCUUCAUGAGAGCCAUAAGGAGCUCACUAAGGAUUUGACUCAAUUAGAGACUGAACUCUCAGCAUGUCAACAACAAAUAUCAACACUACUGCUGGAGCUGAAAGAGAAAGAGAAUGAAAAAGAGGCUUUAAGAACUAAGAUGGAUAGUUUGUUGGAAGAGAAAGACAAACAAAUAGGAGAAAUGAUAAGGAAACUAGUUGAAAUAGAGAGUAUUGUUGAAAAAAUGGAAGAAGAAAAGAAAGAUUUGCUUUUGAUUCUGAAAGAGAAAGAAGGUUCCAUUCAUGACCUUGAACUAAAGAAUAAAUCACUGGAAUCAGCAAUGGUGAUGAAUACUAAAGAGGCAACACUUGAACUGACACAAAUCAGAGAUGAGGUGGACCAGAAAGAGAGGGUCAAAGAGCAGCUGCUAAAAGAAAAAGAAGAUUUGAGGAAUGAAUUGGAGAAGCUUCGCCAGAAAAUAAAAGAAUCAGAAUCAAUGACUUUAGAACUGAAGAAAGAGAUUGCUGCAAAGACCAAGUCAAUUCAAAGCUACGAGAAAGAGAUGGAGCAAACGAAAUCUGACAAAUGUCGGCAAGAAAAAGAGAAUCAGCUACUACUGAGAGAGAAGGAAGCAUUGGAGAAGAAGAUUGAAGAGAUGAACAAGGAAGUAUCUUCUUGCAAGAGAACGGAGGCAGAAGCCAAAAUGAAAAUGAACUCACUUGCCGAGGAGACUGGGAUGACACUGGAGAGAUACAAUGCUGAAAAUGCUCGUAUUUUGGAGCAGAAAGCUAAAGAGAUACUGUCCCUGCAAGAAGCCAAGGCCUUGGAGGCAAAAGGGAAAGAAGAAAUGAAAAGGAAAGUAACAAAACUAGAGAAGGAAGUGCAAAGGUUGAAUCAAGAAAGAAAGGAAUGUGCUGCUGAAGACAGUGAGCAGUAUCAAAUGGAAAUUGAGAGUUUAAAGCUCCAGCUUAAAGAGAAGGAAGAAGAAGUAAAGGAGCUGAUAAUGGCAGCCAAGGUACUUCAGCAACAAUUAGACAAUGCAUCUAUGAUCAAACAAAAAGAAUUAGCCACAACAGCAAGCAAAACUAUUACUCCAAAAGCUGGUCCACCUCUUAAGGCACCAUCAAAAAGACCUUUCUCCUCUAUAGAGAACACUCUAUCAACCCAUACUAGCAGUCAGACUAAGAAAAACAACAAAGAGACACAAGAGAAAAGGAACUUUAGACAACUCUAUCCUGAUCAAGAAAAUGAGACACCACCAUCUUUUAAAAAGCCUAGAACAAAGCCAUCAUAUUCCCUAACUCCAAACACAACUGGAGGAAUGAGGGGAAGGAAGACUUCAAGAGGGAGAGGUGCUCAACCCAGACAAACAGAAAAGAAUACUUCAUGGUUUGACACUGAUCCUGUGUUUGGAUUCCCAAUAGACAGUUAAAAUAUCAACAUUCAUGUAUCACUGUAGCAAUUAUUGUUAUUAUUAUUAAAAAUCAGCAACCUUUAUUCUCUUAUUCUUGUAUAAACUGUACAGAGUGUUAUUAUAAUUAUUUAUGUAUCACAUUAUUGAAGAAUAAUAAUUUACAAUA